AUGGAAGAAUAUAGGAGAUGCUUGGAGAGGCAAGAGCGAGAAAGAAAUGAGAGAAACCGUAGAGACGAUGAAAUCAAUGAUUUGCAGAGACAAGUCGAUGAACAAGUUCUCAUAGCAGUGACUUUGCAAGAGGAAGAGAACCAAGGUUGCCGCCGUGGUUCACAAGUCAGCCGUCGCCGGAAUGUGGACAGACAUAGGCAUUCUCGAGAGCAUCUACUGAUCAGGUGGAUGAGAUUGCCUGAAUGGGGAAGUCCACUACGUUGGAGGCUUUGCAUCGACUACAUGCACUGGCAAUGGAAGAAUUGCCCAACUGCCUUGCAAGGUGAUUACGGAAAUAGAAAAUGCCAAAAAAGUAUUAUCCUGGAAGCCGUUGCUGGUUUCGACACAUGGGUUUGGCAUGCCUUCUUCGGAGUUGCCGGAUCCCAAAAUGACCUCAACGUCCUGGGUCAAUCACCGGUCUUCAACGAUGUUUUGGGAGGCCAAGGCCCCAAUAUCACCUAUGAAGUCAACAAUACAGUCUACCAGACGGGGUAUUAUCUAGCUGACGGCAUCUACCCAAGAAGCAUUAUGAUGACUUGCAUCAUCCUCCAUAAUAUGAUUGUGGAGGAUGAGUACGAUUAUGAUGUUGUAGAGGUCUACGAACCGGAUCCAAUGAACACGACCUGGACUCGAAUUUAUGAAAGGCCCAUAGGGCCAAAUGGAGAACCGUUUGAGCCGGAACCGUUGGUGAGGGACGGUCGUUUCAUGACCCGAAUGAUAGAUCGAUAUACAGAGAUGCAAUCUUCGUAUAUUCAUGAAAGGCGUCAACUUGACUUGAUGGAGCAUCUAUGGGCGGUGAAAGGCAAUGAAGAUGAAUGA